AUGUCAGACCUUAACCCCACGGCGAAAGCACGAAUCCAAACCACAAAGGGACCUCUAGAGAUCGAUCUCUAUGCCAGGGAAACACCGCAGACAGCUCGCCAAUUCCUUACACAUAUUCUCAACCAGAAGUACACCAGCUUACAAUUCACACCAUCAUCCACUUCUAUCACGGUGUCCCCAACAUCGGUAAAUUACGACAUCGCCGAUGAGUUCCAUAGCAGGAUAAAGUUCAAACGAGGCACUCUUGCCGCAUUACGCGAUUCAAAGAAUCAUAACUCGGUAGAUGGCUUCUUUAUCGUCUUGAAUGAUUCACCGGAGUUGACUGGGCAAUACGUGCCCCUUGGAAUCGUCGUUGGGACUGAGUCGUUGUAUACAAUCAAAACAAUCGCCGAUGGUGAGUUGGACAAUGAAGGUGUUCCUGUUUUCCCAGUUCUGAUUGUUUCUAGUGAGGUUAUCACUUCGUAUUUUGAUGAUUUGAAGAAGGAGGAGAAGGAAGUAAUGGAAGUAGAAAGACCGGUCAAGAAAUCAAAGGUUGUGGUUAGGUACGAUGAGAGCGAUGAUGACGAUGACGAUGAUGAGUUUACGAUUAGGUCUGCUCAUGAUGUUCUCAAAGAUAAGAGUUUAAGUACUGAAGUCGCCCUGAAGGAAGUUGAAGAUAUACCGAUACAGAAAGAAGCAGUUGAACAGGAAGAUGGGCAAGAACUGGACCACCUGGUUGAUGAAGAAGGAGGAGGAGAAGAAGAAGAAGAAGACUCACUGUCAGAUGAGCUGGACAACUCUCAAAAACACAUACACAUUCAAGUCGUACGCGACCCAACUAUAGACUCCGACUACGACACCAACCUUGAUCUUUCAGAAUCAGAAAACCCAAUAACAUUACACAUGCUCAAGCAGCACACAUUCACUACAUGA